AUGUUAAAGGAUCAUCGCAUAACAACAAUAUCGUCCAUUGUAUCGUUAGCUUCCAAUGAAAACGGAAUUGAACUUAAUGAUACUCGUACGAGUAACGAUAAUCACAGUAUUGGCUUACAUACAAGUUGCUUUCGUGAAAAGUGUAAUUCUAUUACGAGUUGUUUCCAUCAGCUUGUAAAAAGACUUGCUUGUCUUAAUCUAGAACAGCGUGGUAGUGAACGUAUAUCACCAGAAGAUCGAACCGAUUUGACAAUUAUCAACACGGCAAUUAUAUGGAUCAGUGCAAAUCUAAUUAUACCGUGUUUUGCUGGCGGUACACUCGGUCCAGCAGUAUUUAAAUUAAGCCUCUACGAUUCAUUUGCAACUAUUAUCUUUUUCAAUUUACUUGGUACUAUUCCAGUAGCAGCCAUGGCUUGUUUUGGUCCAGCAUCCGGUCUACGUACAAUGAUCUUUUCUCGUUACAGUUGGGGUUAUUAUGGGGCCUCAAUAAUAUCAAUUAGCAAUGUUAUUGCCUCAAUUGGUUGGGCAGCUGUUAAUAGUAUCACUGGUGCACAAACAUUACGUGUUGUGUUUAAUGAUUCAUUGCCGAUAGCUGUCGGUAUUAUUAUUAUUGCGAUUAUAUCGAUGAUCGUCUCCUUUAUAGGUUAUAAAUGGAUUCAUGCCUAUGAACGAUAUUCAUGGAUACCAGUAUUUAUAGGAUAUUGUAUAUUAGCGGGAGUUGGUGCAAAAUAUUUUACAAAUUCUGGAAUGGUAUCUUACAAUACAACUAUACCAAUCAAUAGUAGCCAUCGUCUGAAAGUAUCUCGUAUUCUAAGUUUUGGCGCAACAUGUUUUGGUGCUUCAAUUAGUUGGUGCGCAUGUUCAGCUGAUUACAACACGUAUUUUCCUGAAGAUACAAGUCAAUUAAAAAUCUUUCUUCUCACUUAUUUCGGUAAUCUUUUGUCAAUGAUUCCAAUACAAUUACUUGGUGCAGCUACUUAUACUGGUACAUAUACAAGUGAGAAGUGGAAUCGCGCGUAUGAAAAAAACAAUGUUGGUGGAUUAUUAGGUGCUAGCCUAUCGUCUCUCGGUGGUUUUGGUAAAUUUCUACUCAUUCUAUUUGCAUUGUCAACUAUUGCAUGUAAUAUACCAAACAUUUAUUCUUUAUCAUUAUCUGCGCAAGUAAUUGCACCAAUAUUUAAACGUAUACCGCGUUUUCUGUAUACAGUUAUUGGUACUGCAUUAUAUAUUCUAUUAGCUAUUGUUGCUGCAAGUAAAUUUAAUGAUUCAUUAGCAUCAAUUAUGGGUGUAUCUUCAUAUUGGUUUGCAAUAUUUAUUGUUAUUGUAUUUGAAGAUCAUCUAUUUUUUCGACGUUGUUCAUUUAAAAAUUAUAAUUUUGAUAUAUGGGAUAGCUAUCAGUUAUUACCAAUUAGUUUAGCUGCAAUUCUAUCUGGAAUAGUUGGAAUUGUUGGUAUUAUACUUGGAAUGUCACAAACUUGGUUUAAUGGACCAAUUGCAAAAGCUAUUGCACGAGAUACUGAUGCACAGGAUAGUGAAAACUCAAUCGAAGAAAUCGAACCACUCACAAAUAUUUUUUGGCUUCAAUUUUAUCUUGCUCAACAUUAUGAUUAUUUGAGUGAUAUAAAUAAAGCAUUUGGAUAUAUCGAUCAAGCUAUAUGUGAUAUAUCAACACUUGUAGAACUUUAUAUGUAUAAAACAAAAAUAUUUAAGCAUGUGGGUGAUUAUCAAACAGCUGCUUCAUGGGUGGAUGAAGCUCAAUCACUUGAUACAGCUGAUCCAUAUGUAAAUUGUAAAUGCACACAAUAUUUCUUACGUGCUAAUCAUAUAAAUACUGCACUUGAAAUAGCUGAAAAAUUUAUACAAAUUUAUAUUCAUCUUUAUGAUUAUCCUCCUUCUGAACAAGAUAAUGAUAAGAAUGACAAUCUUUCUAAUAUACCAGCUGGUAAAGCUAAGAAAUUAAAAAAUAAAUUACGUAAACAACAAGAAAAACAAAAACAAAUUGAAGAUGAACAACGUAGAAAAGAAUUUCAACAUAAUCGAUAUCCAGGAACGUCCGAAUUCGAUGAAACUUUCAGGAUAUGUUGGGGUUGGAAAUAG